AUGGCUCUAACUCCCUAUUUUGAGCCGGUACGUGCAUCUCUCCUUCAUUGCACUCCCUUACCCACUCUUGAGCAGGUUAUUUCCGAACUUCUAUUAGAGGAAACUAGACUUGGUACUCUCCAUCCGCACCCUGUGGACUCUGUUCUUGCUACUCCCCAGACUCAGAGUUCUCCUUCACCACAGCAGUCUACUGCCUACAUCUACUGUCAAAAUUGCGGUCUUCCGUCCACUCAUCUUCUGGUUCAUUGUCCAGUUCGUCUUUGUCGAUUUUGCAACAAGACUGGCCCUGGUCAUCUCCAGCAAGAUUGUUUCCACAUUCCAGAUCGCACCUCUCCCGGCUCCUCGUACCCCUCAUUAUGCUGCUUUAGUUCGUAUCCUUCGCUAUCUCAAAGCAAGAAACAAACUCUUACAGUUCAUUCCAGUAAAGAGGCUGAAUAUCGUGCUCUUACUGAUACUACUCAGGAGCUUGUCUGGCUUCGUUGGCUUCUUGCUGACAUAGAUGUUACCCCCUCUGGUGCUACUGCCUUCUUUUGUGACAAUUAG